CACUUUCCCUCAGCUCAUUUCAGACCUCUGCCCCUGAAGUCGGAUCUACUCCUCUCGUCUCCAGUCCUGCUUUAACUUUUAAGGAUUUAAAAUAUACAUCUUAGUUUUUUCUUAUCCUUGAACUGUCCAAUUUGGUUACGUCUUCUUUUUAUUUACUUUAAACCUCUCCUCUGGCCGGGCUGAAGUCUCCUGGUGUUAUCCCUCUUGUCUCUGCUCCUCUCUUGGACGUGUGGGGUGGUGAUCUUUGGCGUGGAGCGGCGGUCGUUGGCGUGGGUCAGGGGACUUUGGGGUGGGUCAGUGGUCUUUGGCGUGGGCCGUUCGGCGGUGACCAGGGAUGGCAGACAAAGCUGCGGGCGGUGAUGAGGCGGGGGGUGUGAUGGUGCUGCUGGAGCGCAUCGCCGCCCUGGUGGAUGGUGUGCAAGCGGCACAGAGCCGGAUGGAAGAGCGUCAAACGGAGCUGGAGAACACGGUGAAGAGCAUCCAGAGCGAUGUGAUUAAACUGACCAACGAGCACGCCAACAGCAGCGCCACAGUCACACGUCUCCUCGAGAAGACACGCAAAGUCAGCCGCCAUAUUAAGGAUGUGAGGGUCCGAGUGGAGAGCCAGAACCUCAGGGUCAAGAAGGUGGAGGCCACACAAGGAGACCUACUCGCCAAGAACAAGUUCAGAGUGGUCAUCUACCAGGGCGAUCAGGAGCUGAAGUCGGUUGCCGCCGGCAGUGAGCCGGUGGAGGGAGGUGCAGCCGCUCCUCCUCCUCGUCACGUGGAGCCGGAUAAGUUCGACCUCCCACCAGAGUCGGAUGAGGAGUACAUGGUGGUGGAGGAGGCCGAUUCCUCUGCUGCUGCCAGGAUGAAGAAGAGUGGUCUGACGCGCAUCGAGAGCAUCAAACACACCUUCUCCAAAGAAAACCUCAGCAAGACCCGCGAGAACCUGGGGUCAAAGGUCAACAAGCUGGGCGAGCGAAUCGUGACGGCGGAGAGGAGAGAGAAGAUCCGACAGUCUGGAGAGAGGCUGAAGGAAAAACUGACCCUGAAGAAGGAGAGGACCGUAGCCGAGGGUCAGGAGGGGGCAGAGGGGGCAGCCGACACCGCACAGCCUGUAGCUCCCCCUAAAGGCCGCAAAGGGACCCCCGAGGCAGCCGCAGGAGAGGGCAAAGCAGAGGAGGCAGAAGUCCCAAUCUACGACAUGAAACAACUGUCGUAAAACGGACUACCGACGAGAACUGGAGACCCAAUGGUUACGAGGCAAGAGGAACAGGCUGCAGCAACAACAAAGCCAGACAAUACUGAUGUUUUACUAGGGCUGUCUGAGGGAUAAAGUUCUGGAGGUUCUGGUGGAUCAGACUUUUCACUGGCAGUGAUGGAGAGACACAGUGACUGGACCAAGAUGGUCUUAUUUAUGGACAAAGGGUUUACGUUCAUCUUCUCAUGAACCUGGUCCGAUGCACAUUUGAGUUUUGUCGUUUUGGACUCACAAUAUUAAAGUGUGAAAUACACCCACCGAAGCAGGAAUGUUACGUGGAGGAGUUAAAGAGAGACUUUUGUGCAAUUGUUUAAGUGAAAUCAUCAUGGGGCUGUGGAGACGUGCUUUAAGGAGGAGCCGCAUUUUAUUUGGAGAGAGACGAAUGAUUUUAGAAAUUUACAAAAACGGUGCUAAUGUUACGUGUUUAAAAUGUGAUAGAGUCUGAGGGAGCAGAACAACAUGUGCCAAUGUAUCAUAAAGAAAUACAACUCCCCCUGAUGAACUGACCUCAAGACCCAACUGACCUCUGACCUAAGACCCAACUGACCUCUAACCUCAAGACCCAACUGACCUCUGACCUAAGACCCAACUGACCUCUGACCUAAGACCCAACUGACCUCUGACCUCAAGACCCAACUGACCUCCAGACCCAACUGACCUCUGACCCUAAGACCCAAGUGACCUCUGACCUCAAGACCCAUGACCCAACUAACCUCUGACCACAAGACCUAACAAACCUCUGCACUUCUCCAACAGUGAGUCAUAAACUAAACCAGUAUUCAACCAGGAGUAGACCAGGACUGAACCAGAACUGGACCAGACUAACAUUCUGUCCUCACAGCAAGAAGGUUCAAGGUUGGACUUCAGGGCCUUUCUGUGUGGAGUCAUGUGUGUGCAUGUUCUCCCUAUGUCUGUGUGGGUUUCCUCUCAUCAACCCAAAACAUAUGCAAUCGGUCAAAUCCUCCAACUAAGAUGGUCCUGACUAAGACCAGCUCAAGAUCUAGAGAUGGUCCCACUGCUCCUGACAGGUUUAACCCAGAGACACUGAAGAAUGGGUCCAAUGCAGAGGACACAUUUCUCUACGUGGGCAGUAAAGUGUACCUUAACCACACUUAUUGAACCAGGACUGAAGCCGGAUUCUGCCAGGACUAAACUAGGACUUGCAGAGAUUCCCAGGAUUCUGUGGAAACGCUGCUCUUAGGUUGGAGAGUACAUUUUGUGUCUUGGGGUUAGAAUUCUUCAAAAGUUCAGGAAAAGCAUGAAGCUAGAAUGAGCAGAGCACACAAGAUGUCUGUGAGUACUGUAGUAAUAGUAUUAGUAUCAUUAGUAUUACUAAUACUGUAGUAAUAGUAUAGUGUCCUUAGUGUUAUUAUUACUUUAGUAAUAGUAUUAGUAAAGUAUGUGAAGUCUAAGUCUGUAAUUGUGAUGCUGUUUUGGUGUUGGAUGAGGUGAUGGCUGUGGUCUUCACUUUU